UUAAGUUGCCAUAUGGCAUAUGGGGAUGUUAACGGGACUUGAUUGCUCGCAUCAUAGUAUGACGAUUAUAAAUUCAUUGCUAACAAUCAUUCAUUACUUUGAACACAGCUGCUAACAGUCAUUCGUUACUUUGGACACAGCCAUGCACCCCUUUGAAACUAUCGAUGAUUUUGAUUUCGAACGUCUGUUCGAUGAAUUAAGCGAAGAAGAAUUUACCUGCCCCCCUCUCGCUCCUUCAAGCGUCACCACUACCGUCGUCUCCAGCAGUCCUGACGCCACCACGAGCGCCAUGGAUAGUGAUGAUGACGACGUGUUUAUCUACACGCCCUCCACCGUCGUCGCCUCCGGCAGCCCUGUCGCCACCACGAGCGCCACCGUCGCCAACUCUAUAUUGAGGUCUAUUUUGAAGACCCCCUAUAUGAGCAGACAGGAACAAAAACGAGUUCUUGCAAUGAUCAUCAGGUCAUUGCAAGAGUUUCACGAUACACUGUAAAUAAACAAUAAAAUAAAA